UCUGCGUCUGCAGUCUGCUGUGCUCGGUAAAAACUCAUGCAGCUCAAAUGGUAAAGGAUGCCUUGAGUCUUGAUCUGCACUGGCUGCAAUGCUAUGAUCGUCAGUUGCCUGUUGCCCCUUAAGCAAAAGCUGUUGACAUUUUUGGGUAGUUUUAAGAAAAGUUAAAAGUUAUUAGCGAUAUUAAGCCAUCCCAUAUCAGAAGGUUUUCUCGCGAGAUCAAAAAAGCACAUCACGAAGAGCCAACUUCUUCGAUGUGGAUCGCCCAACAUUAUUUUGCCUCAAAAAGCUGAAAUUGUUAAUUCAUUUUUGAGGAAUUCCAAAACUCACAUUCACAUACCAUGGAGCAACCGGUCGGAGGUAAAAAUUUUUGGAAUAAUAACGCUUGCAAAAGAAGCGCCCAGCUGCAGGCUCUUCAUUAUGAUUAUCCAACACUGAAGAAAAUCUUCCUGUCAACACCAUUGGCUAUGCUUUCACAGCGACAAGAGCUGUUUCAUCUUCUCAGUUCAGACAAGCCUCUUGAAGUUCUCGCAUUGUUGGUUCUCACCCUCCUUGUUGAUGGAAAAGGGCCUUCCAUUGGGUCGAGUAUUGUAGAGCUGCUCAAAGUACUUCCCGAGGAUGUGAGGGAGAAGGUGACCGCAAUCAUGUUGGUGUCCUCGGUUGAUACGAUUUGCGAAUUGUCGAAUCAAUUUCAUUCAAACAACUACCAACGCAGACAGUCAGCACAGAGGAUUGGAGCUUCUCUUGCACACAUGUGCAGACACAGGAACAAUCCAUGUCUGUUCUUGCGAGUUCUCAUCAGUUUAUUUGAUGUUAACAACAGUGACCGCUGGUACACCCAUUUGAUUUUAGUGGAGGCAUUCAAAGAAUGGUCUUUUGUGGAUAACAAUUUGUUUGAGGAGUGCAUCAAUACAAACAAGGAAAAAGGAAAACAAAAGGCAGGCAUCUUGAUCCAAAAGCUCAAUGAUUCCGCCAAAGAUUGUGAUAUUGCUGUUCGCUACGGAAUUCUUAUUGCCCUCAACAAUGAUAAACUGCAAAAGUUUGCUUCUUACUGUCUGCUUCCGAUGGCCAUGAAGUGUACACAGAGUCCUCAGAAAAGUGCCUGGGCAAUUGACACUCUGGCCAUAGCUUCUUGCCUUCGUAAAAGUGGCUGCGUGCUAGCCAUGCGACUUGGCCAAGUCAGUGAUACCAUCUCAAGAUCAACCAGUUUUGUUCCACUGCAAGUCUCUGAAGCUAUUGUCAGGGCAAAGAUUUUCUUGGAACAGAGCGAAUUAAUAAAGUCUAAUUUGGAGAUGCCGCAAGAUGCAGAGUACACUCAGCUCCUCUGCAAAAAAUUGGAGACUCAAAAGUCCUAUCUCAGUCAUACUGCCUUUCCUUUAAACAAAGCCGUUUUGGAAAUAUUUAAUUUAGAAUACACAGUCGCAGAAAACCUGAGAGGUUUGAAACUCCAGACACCAGAGCCAGCAGUCACGCAUUGCCCAACUCAGGAAACGAACUGCAGCAGCAGCGCCGUCUUAAAAGAGCAAAGAAUUUUGCACUCUCCACUUUCUAAACAGAAGAGGCCCUCAUCACAUCCAGAUUCAAAAAGACCCUCGUCACCUUCACCACCUCCGAAACUAAGUCGAAUGUCCUCACCUCAACCAGGCCCAUCUUCACCAAAGCCUUCGUCUGAGUCUCCUUUUCCACCAGCACCCAAGUGCUCUGGAAAGGAACACGAUCAUGAGCGCGCUAUUCUUGACGCUUUGAAAAGUCUUGUCCAUUCCUCUAUGGACUUCACCGCGUCCGACAUUGAGAACCUUUGCCAGGAGGUAUGUGCAAUGCUGCCUUCAACCAAUGAAAAUUUGCUUGCAAAGUGCUUAAUUCGCACCUUCAUCGAAGUCUCUGGCAAAGAAUUCGAGUGGCCUUUUAUCAUCACGUGCCUAAUGCUGACCAGCUCAGGGUGGUCGUCAGUUGUGGAAAACGUUAUGCAGGCCAUGCCAAGUUUUGUCAGCACAGAUGGACAAGCAAAAUCUGCAGCCGAGCAGUUUGGGCGCAUUGCUGCUCAGCUUUGUCUGCAAAUGAAGCAAAAGCAGCUCUUGAUCACAUUCCUAACCAAAGUGGUUUUCAACCAAAGCCCAGAGUUCCUCAGCGUCUGCAACAGCGCUAUUAAUGUGUGGCCCGAAGUUGUUGCCAGUAACUGUGCUGAAGAUGAAACCAGCAAAGCUCUCACCUUGACUUUGUGGAAAUUGAAGUCCCCUGAGCAGGGAUCAGUAGUUGAGGAAUCUCAAUGUAUUCAAUUGGCAAAUCUCCACACCAUAAGCUCACCUUGAGUUACCGUCUUACCUCAAUGUUUAAUGGCAGGUAAAUCUUGGUCCUGGCAUCAGUUUUGAAUUAAUAUAAUUUCUUAUAUUAACAUAUUCUGUGCUGAAAUUUUUGACUUGCAUUUAGUAAUAUGCAUUAAGAUUAAUUUGUUUGCAUUGAUAAUGGAAUUUUUGUUUGUUCGUCAUUGUAUUUGCAAAAAAAAAACUAUCCUUACUGCGAGAGCAAAUUUUGUAUGUAAACAUUGUAAACUUUUGUGAUGAAAAUGAGAUUUCCCAAAAUCACUUCCUUGAUUGAAAGUCUCUAACAGAAUAAUGCUAAACUCAAUAAAGAUCAAACUUUAAACUUCAAUUUUAUUAUAUU